AUGGCACAUCUACCUUUUGUUUCUGUUCAUGCAGUGAUCAGUCCUGCCUCCGUUUCCGGUUCUCCUGCUCUGUCCAAGUGUCUGAGCAGCAGCUCCUCUCUGGGCAGCAUCGACGCUGGAGGUGUGGAGCCCAUCACAGGUGAAAAGCGCAAACUCCCCGAGGCGUUGACGCUGGAGGACGCCAAGCGGAUCCGGGUGAUGGGAGACAUACCGAUGGAGCUGGUCAACGAAGUCAUGAUGACCAUCACUGACCCUGCUGCCAUGCUCGGACCUGAGACGAAUCUGCUGACGCCAAACGCCGCCCGUGACGAGACCGCCCGGCUGGAGGAGAGACGAGGCAUCAUCGAGUUCCACGUCAUCGGAAACUCGCUGUCCCAGAAGUCCAACAAGAAGAUCCUGAUGUGGCUGGUGGGCCUGCAGAACGUCUUCUCCCAUCAGUUACCUCGCAUGCCCAAAGAGUACAUCACACGACUGGUGUUUGACCCCAAGCACAAAACCCUCGCCCUUAUCAAAGAUGGCCGCGUCAUUGGAGGCAUCUGUUUUAGGAUGUUUCCCACUCAGGGCUUCACGGAGAUCGUCUUCUGCGCCGUCACAUCCAAUGAGCAAGUUAAGGGCUACGGUACCCACCUGAUGAACCACCUGAAGGAGUACCACAUCAAACACAACAUCCUCUAUUUCCUCACGUACGCCGACGAGUACGCCAUCGGCUACUUCAAAAAGCAGGGCUUUUCCAAAGACAUCAAAGUGCCGAAGAGUCGAUACCUGGGAUACAUCAAAGACUACGAGGGAGCGACGCUGAUGGAGUGCGAGCUGAACCCGAGGAUCCCCUACACCGAGCUGUCGCACAUCAUUAAGAGACAGAAGGAGAUUAUAAAGAAGCUGAUUGAGAGGAAGCAGAGUCAGAUCAGGAAGGUUUAUCCAGGACUCACCUGCUUCAAAGAGGGAGUCCGACAGAUCCCCGUGGAGAGUAUUCCAGGCAUACGUGAGACCGGCUGGAAACCCAGUAACAAGGACAAAGGGAAGGAGGUGAAGGACCCUGAUGUGCUCUACAACAUGCUGAAGAACCUCCUGGCUCAGAUAAAGACUCAUCCUGACGCUUGGCCCUUUAUGGAACCGGUGAAGAAAUCCGAAGCUCCAGAUUAUUACGAGAUCAUCCGCUUUCCCAUCGACCUGAAGACCAUGACAGAGAGACUGAAGAACCGAUACUACGUGACCAAGAAGCUUUUUAUCGCCGACCUGCAGCGAAUCAUCACCAACUGUCGUGAGUACAACCCCCCAGACAGCGAGUACUGCAAGUGUGCCAACACCCUGGAGAAGUUCUUCUACUUCAAAUUAAAAGACGGAGGCCUGAUUGAGAAAUGAACUCGACUCUCACGGCUGCCGAUCAGCACGAGGAAAACAUGGCUGUCAGAGUCGGGAAAGACAAAUUGUUGGACUUAAAAAAAAAAAUCUGAACCAGUGAAGCGUCACAAAUGUCAAAAUGGCCUCUGCUGAGAGUUAUCUUCUGACACUUUCUUUUUUUUCCCCCCCCAGUACUCACAGAGGGGGGAAUAAUGCGCAUAUACACGUUUCAUUGAGUGUACCAAAGUUACAGGUCCAAGUUCUAACAGUACUCCUCCUUCCUGCAUUUAUUUAUAGUAUGAUUGACCCGCUUUGGUCGCUUUUAAUGACAACUGCUCAUUCCAGUUUUUCCUCAAGCUUAAAAACUCGUCACAGGAGCCGAACACAAAUGGACCUCGGGACCUAAAGCCACGUUGCCUUCCAUUACUGACAGACACUUGAACAUCCCAGCCAUUUUCACGCGUAUGGAGAUAAACGUUCUGAGCGGAGGGGUGAAGUGAUGACGAUGGAAGAGUCGCUGAGUCGUAGUGAAACUAUUUAAUCAGUCAUUUGGUGUGAAAAUAAUCAAAAAAAAAAGAAACUUGUUUAUGAAGCGCAGGUUUUCAUCUCUUGCUUUUUUUUCUUUCCAGUGAUUUUUUUUUUUCCAUGUUCUUUUAACUGUUGGUCAAGAAACACAAAACUUUUAGUUUCAUUUUCUUUACUCCAAACAAAUGGCUGAUUAUGAGAACGACGUCACUGAUAAACCAAUACUCCAAAUAAUUGUUGGUUGGAGCUGCUAGUACUGGACGGAGCGUCAAGAUAUUUCCAGCUACAUAAUUUCCCUUCAUGUUGACAACAUAAUAGUUAUUUAUACAUAAAACACAACACGUACUGUUGAUGCACCAUUCCACUGGCACAAACCAUUACUAUGAGGUCACACCUAGUAUAGCUCUAAACACGCUUUUACAGGAUGCAACAGAAGUGAGCACGUGCUGGUGCAAAGUGAAUUAUUUGAAAUUAAAUAAAUAAUAUACUAGAGAAUAUCUUCUCUUGUGAACAAAUACUUCAUGAAGACCAUAGUGAAAAUGCAGGUGCUGAAGUAGAAACUCAUUGCAAAUGCAUGAACAUGGUUAUAUAAUGAGCUGAUUAAGACCACAGCUCUGUAGUGAAUGCAUAGUCAUGACAGGGAAGAACCCGAAGGCUCCAUUUGGAAAAGAGUUUACAGAGAAAUUUAAAAAUUAGAUUGUGAGACGUCACAAAGAUGGAAAAGGAUGAAUUAAAAAUCAGUAGAAAUACAGUGUCCGCAGUAAUCAGGAGGUAGAGAAGAAGCCGUAGUACCGCUAAUCAGAGCUGCAGUGGUCGUCCUAAAAUGAAGCCACAAAUAGUGGACUAGCUUCACAAGCUAGCUCUGAGAAACAAACAACAGCAGCAGCUUCAAGAUUGGCACCAAGGUUAUCAAUGGAAAUCUAAAGGACAGUUCAUACCAUCUAAGCAAAAAGUCCUGCUUACUGUUGGGUGCAAACCUGCACGAUUAAACCUUGCUGUAGAACUUGAAAAGAUGAAUAACGGGAGGAUGUUUUUUAGUCAACUUAGACCACAAGAAAUGUGUUUGGCUCAGAUGGAGUCCAGUAUGUUUGGUGUGAACCUGACCAGGACUACCACAGUGAAUGCAGAGUCCUGUUAGUGAAGAACGGAGGUGGAAGUGUCAUGAUAUGCAUGCGUGCAAAAGAUGUUGUUAUAGAUGCACCAUGAACGUCUGUAGAUACAGAAUUUUCAUGACACUGAUCCAAACCACGCUGGCAAAACUCUUAAAAUGACCGUGAGGUGAAUUUAAGAUCAUGUGACAUGUUUGCACAAGCGUGUACUCACUUCUGUUGUAAACUGUUGGCACUGAUUUCUUCUGUAGUCGUGUCACUUCCACACACAUGCUAUGUAGUCUAGUGUUUUGUGUACAGCCACAUUCUCUGUGGCGGUUCCAUGUUUACCAGGUAAAGACCCAAACAUGGUGGUGAGAAGCGAAGCAGCAGCAGUCCUCGCACCGAUUCUGGCUUUUGGAAAGACUUUGGUUUAUUUAUCUCACCGCACACUAGCUGUAGUGGGUGUUGAUGCAUGGCACACAGUUUACAGUUUGCAUUAAAAACUAAAAAAAAAUACAUCCAAUUUUUAGCAAGUGUUGUUUCAGUUUGUUGUUAUUUUUUACAAACAUUGUAAUUAAAUGUUGUUUUUUUUUGUUGUUGUUGUUCAUUUAUCUGUCAUCUUUUUAUUUGAGCGGUCAGUGUCAAAAUGCUUCCUGAGAUGCAUCCACUUCUUUCAGGGAAGUCACUGUCCAGUGCUGUGGUUGAGCCUGCUUUGUCGAAUGUGUCGUGUUUGAGUGGGUGUGGUCGAGAGUGAGUGCGUGUUUAUUUUGUACUUGAAUCAUGACUAGCUUUGAACUGUUGAAGUGAUGUCAGUGUCGCAUUAUUCAGGGUUUGUCAGUUUGCGUAGUUCACCCUCAAUCUACCUAAUGCUGCAUUUCAGAUUUUCUCAAAAGGUCAGUCUGAGUGAACCUUCCAGCUGUUUGAGGAUGGCUACUGUCAAGUUAUGGUAUAAAUACCAUUUACUGUAACUGUAAUACUGUUCAUGACAAUAAAGUUUUUUUUAAAUAAACA